UGAACGAGGAUUUCCAGCUGGCUCAGCAAAUACCGUUGCCGAGAACAUUCUGGAUCAAAUAUCUUCCCAAUAUUGUACAUAAUUCUUUGGCAAUUGUAGGUCCUACCAUGUCGGGAGACACAAAAAAUAGUAGUGCAAACAAUGAUGAUGAGUCAAGCAGCGAUAAGUUUUCGGGUUGGACCUGCGAUCAGAUUACCCCCGACUUGUGCGAUCUUAUUGUGACGGAAGGGAGGAUUCCGAUCCGGGAGGAUGGGCUCUAUGUUCACUAUUGGAAGUACUCUUCCGCAGAUAAUGUCAACAGCGUUGACAACGACAACGAGCAAGUACCAUCACCGCCGCCGCUGUAUCCGGUGGUGGUCCUGCACGGUGGCCCGGGAAUGCCGCACAACUAUAUGCUUCCCCUGAAGCAAUUGGCAUGCCGUCCCGAUCGGUACGGCCGCACACGGGACAUCUAUUUCUACGACCAGGGAGGAUGCGGCGAAUCGGUCCAUCCGGUCUCGAACAGAAGCACUCAAAACGCUUCGAACAGCCAAGACCACGCCAAUACUCUGGUGGACGAGCAUCCCUACCUUUUGGAUCCCAUGUACUAUGCGACCGUCGAAUUGCCCAAAGUUCUGGACCAUCUGCUCGGUAGCAACAGCAACAGCGGGGGAUACCAUCUGGUCGCCAACAGCUGGGGGACCAUCCUGGCCCAGUACUUUGUGCUCGACUACUACAACCCCAAGAGAGAGGCUGCGCACCAGCAAGGGGGCAUCGACGCAGGAACCGAUCCGUCCCUUUUCCCGGAGCUCGCUUCGAUGACCCUGUCGGGGCCACUCUCGGACGGGGACCUGUACGUUCGUUCGCAGUGGGCGGAUGCGGAGGACGGGGGAUACAACAACCUUGGGCAGCUACCCCCCUUUGUGAGGAACCGGAUCCACGGUCUGGAGAAGGGGAACGCCUACGGGUCGGCCGAGUACCAGGCGAUCGACGAGAGCCUCACCGGCCGCUUCACCUGUCGGAUCGUACCUGCGCCGGACUGCUUCGCGGUGUCGGCGUCGGGACCGGGGCUCAACGAGGACGUGUACGUUGGGAUCCAGGGCCCGUCGGAGUUCACCCUGGGCGGUGUGCUCGAGGGAUUCAACCUCACCGGUCGGCUCCCUGCGAUCGAAGUCCCCGUUCUGCUUACCUCGGGGGCCUUUGACACAAUGCGGCCACCGGUGGUCGAUGCCCUCUACCAAGCCCUCCCGUUGGCCGAGUGGACAAUGUCGGAAUUCUCAGGCCACGUGACCAUGAUCGACGACGCCGGAUGGACCAACGGCGUGGUCGACGAUUUUUUGGGACGGGUGGAGGGAGCCACCACCCCACUUGGCAGCAACGGCAACGGCAGCUCGUCGUCGUUUCGUCCGAUCCCCGAGCGGUGUGGGCCUGCUGGCUGUGUUCCAAAAGAAACCGCGGUCCGCAACGCACGUGGAAUCGUGGGAGAUGCAACUAUCGACGGAACGGGCAUCGGUGACAAUCCCGUGAUCGUCUCCUUUCUGUCCCUGAUCGCUGGCCUUGUGAUUGGGAGGUACCUUCUUCCGACCAAUUUCAGCAGCAGGAGAGUAGCCGAAGGAUACGAAUCGAUCUAGCAAAACGCCAUGCCGAGUCAUCGAGCUCUGGAGCAGAAAGGUUCCGAAACAACGCGACUUGCCAAGGUGGAACGGAUUUCUCUGUUUCUGUCAUGGGUGUCUCGUAUGCAGCACUAUAUUGUGCAAUUUCUAAGUUUGCAUAGGAGUUGCAUCGUUGGAAACGACAAAGGAGCCAAGCCAACACCCCAUCGAAUUUUCUAUUCAAAGAAAGUAGUGAAUAUACGACGAAUGGAGGUUUGUAGACCGAAAAUUUUCGUCAAUGGGCAAAAAAUAGUUCUAAAUCUACACAAAACACUCAAUACAAUAAUCAGUUCAAAUGCACUAUCGCUGGUCUAUCACGCUGUUGCCAUUGCGAUUGUGUGAAAGUUGCGCACCGCUUGCUCAGUCGGCAAACCUCGCGCAAAAGUGGACAUGGUGGCUCGCAAACAGGUCGAUGGCGGGCAUCAGCUGCUCGUCGGGCGGGAGAAAGGUCGUGCGGAAGCCGUACCGUCCUUCUUUUUGGCCAAAGCCGCUCCCGGGGACGACGCAGAUCCCGGUUUCCUCUAGGAGCGACAGGCAGUAGAAAGUAUCGGGGGUCAUGUCGUUUGCUUCGGCGUGUGCGAUGGCCCUCGGAGGAAUGUCUAUCCUGGGGAAGGCGUACAUGGCCCCCUCCGCCGGAUUGCACGAUAUGCCGUCCACUUUGUUGAGUCCCUCGACGAGUGCUCGCGAUCGGCGCUGGAGUCCUUCGAAAAUAUCCUUUUCUUCCCUAGCGAACAAUUUGUAGGACUCGUCGCCGGGCUUUGGUGGAUUUACCAUCAGGCUCGUCAUGAUCUGACCCGAUACCGUGGAACACAAGGAGCACGACGCGAGUUUGAACAGUUGGGACUGAACGUAGUCGUCGAUGUUGUGGAGCUCCAUGUAACCACCUCUCCGUCCGCAUUCUCCGAUCAAUCCUUUGCUCGUGGAAUGAAAGCUC